AUUCGUUUUUUGGGGUUCCUGUGCUCAAAACGGUCUUUAACCUGGAAACCAUACAAACAUGGCGGAAAUGGUACUGUGAUAGUCUUUCUCCAAAAAUGUGUACCAGAUUUAGUUAGAAUCAUGGUUCGUGUGCUUCUUUGCCAUUACUUCAAGUCUCAGAAAGUGUUCAGUGAGUCAUACCAGCCAACAAGUUUAUGCUCGACAAAGGAAUUUCUGUUUGUUGGGAUCGGAGGUUGCAAGGUCUUCGUCUACUCUCUCCAACAAUCAAACUUUCCCCUCGUAUGUCAGUUCUCUACGAUAUCAACAGCUAUUAAACUCAUAUGCAAUGACACUUCUAACUACGUGGCUACCAUCGAAAGACGRCAACAGAGAGGUGCAAUGAAGUUUUCUCGCGUCUACUUCAACUGGGAGAAUUCUUCUUUGAACGACGCAGUUCGAGUCUUAGUUGCAGGUCAUUCUCUUCUCCAGCGAGAUAGCUCCUAUAGUUCUCAAUUUCUAGCUAUUGAGCURUCUUCAAAAGGCGCUGUUUCUGCUAUUGCUACAUGUAAAUCAACAGGCAAUGUCAUUAUWGCAACGGAUGGCAAACUCUGCCUUUAUCGGCAGUGUAUCUCAAGGAYACCGGAAGUGAAUUYAUCAGGAUGUCAUCUGAGUCAAAAGAUUUGUGAUUUCGAGCACAUUUUGGAUAUUGAGCCUGGGUUUGUUGUGAGAGGAGUUGACAUAUGCGAGAACUUUGUUGCGUUUAGGUCCAAGUUGGAAUUUAGAGUAGUGAAGUUGGAGUUUUUCAAAGAGAAUACCACAUUUGCCAAGUUGACCAAAAGCAAUGGCGAGAGUACUAUUCCCUGUACUGAAGUCAACAWGGCUCAAGAAAACUCCAAAGAAGUUAUUGAUGAUAAUUAUAUUUUCUGGUCUUUUGAUACUGGUUCUGGAUCAAACAAAGACUCUCAAUCAUGGAUUCCAAAUGAACAUCUGUUUCGAACAAUCCGCUCUGAAUCAACUUACACUGAUACUUUCAUUGAUGCAAAGGAAAUCAUUGGACCUUUGAUUGAUGUUAAGGGACACCCACUAAAGGUUGUGUURGCUGGUCGUUUAGGUAUAGGUAUCAGUAUGCCUAGAGAUGGUUUCCAAGUCCAGGCAGUGACAAUGUUGUAUCGGAGAUUCAAAGCUGAAUAUCUUUGUAAUAGUGAUGCAGACAGUGCUUCUCUUCAUUCACUGCAGCUUUUGCCAACAUAUGUUAAAUGUGUGGAACCACACCCUGACAUGMCGCCGUCACCUCUUUCACCUUCUGUUGAUGGUAGCUUGUCAUUAUGUGGUAUGUGCAUCUUGGUGUCUGGUCCUAAAGAGGGCUACAUCUAUGAUAUUUUCAAACUUCCAAAACUACUUUCAGUGUACAAAUACACUCGUGACACUCUGAAAGUUUCUGCUUGUCAUAUGCUMUUGCAUGCSAUUACCAAACAAGGGCUAGAGACUUAUACGGUUAGAAUGUUUGCUGCUGCAUCCGAGUCCAUUCGYCAUGAAAAAGCUGAUAGAUUGYACAACAAACAAUUAGAAGCCACWGUAARAWCUGAAAAAUCACAGAAAWGUGCAUCAAGUGACGGCAAAUGGUCACUAGAAGAAGAAAAGGAWUCAAUCUGCUCUCAGGACGAAAGUCUCAGAGAUGAUCUAUCUGACGUGUCUUUGACUGUGGAAGAUGAUUCAUUGCCUGGCGAUCACAUUUCUAAGAAUACACAAUUAGAACAUGGACUGGGUCCUCUGGAUGAGGGACCUGGAGAGGAGUACUUGGGCRGCAGCCAUGAGGCAGUAAAAGUUGCCUUGAAACCAAUGGUUCAAGUUGAUUUCCAGGRUUUGCGACAGAAAACACACCCCAACCUCCCUGUCCAUGACCUGGACUGUUUGGACAAGAUCUGCCCAUCUUCUACUCUUGAUAUAUGUCUGAUUGGCAUGCACCCUUUUGCUGAUCCAUCAUACGUCAUGUGCACAGAUGAAAGUGUUAUACUAUUUACAAGAGUAUCACAUGACCCAAAGAAAAGAGCAAGGGACUCCAGUGGAGCUAGCAGCACAAAACCUGAAUGGUCCAUUUAUCAGCUACAGAAUAUGGACCCAAUUCAAUUAUAUAAGACUGUGAUGCCACUUGCCAAUAGAUGUCAGAAGGAUAAUCCRCAAGCUUUUCAUCGCUUAGUUUGUGAACAGCAUAUGUUUUUAAGAUCAUGUUGUCUUUAUGACCAUGAAAAYGAGAAGGACAAGAAAAAGAUCAGAAAACUGUUAUGUGAAUCGUCUGCAAAUCUUGGGGACUUAUAYGCAAGAGCAAAAGGAGAAGAAUGCACAUAUAGUUCAGAGUACUACAACAUGUCUGGGCUUCCUUUCCRCGAGGUGGUGAGUAGGGCCUGGAAACUAAGUGGUGAAGGUCUGGCAUACUAUUUGGAUCAAAAACUUUUUGGAUCAGAUGAGCCUGUUGUUGUAUCCGAGGGAGUUGUCAAGAAGAUAUUCAAGAUUUACACCCRAGUCAACCCUAGUCGUGUUUCCGAAGUCAUUUUGAUGUCAUCCCUGACAGGUUUCUCUCCAGAGACCUCACUUGCUGCUUUACAGGAGUUAAAAAAGGCAGAAACAAAAGAAAAGACCAAAUACAGGUAUAAACUGGUCUCAUUUAUUUAUUUAUCCAAAGAACGACUGUUAAUGGGCUUCAAUCAAUUUAAUAGGGCAAAUAUUACAUGGAAAAUCCGUGAUUUUCCAUCAUGUGAAACAAUAAGCAAGCUAUGUGUUACUAGUACACAGGCAGCCCAUCCAGCUGAGAUGAUCGAUACUGUUGUUGCAAACAGCUUUUUGCUUCAUGAUGACUAUCAAYAUUUGACGCCUCUAUCUCAGAUGUUGCGUAAACACAAACCGGCCAUUUUCCUAUCUAUCYUGCUUCGUCUUCAUGAUACUAAGAYGUGGUSUCUUGACACUAUUGUCAGUCUACUUGGGGCGAACCAACCAGAUGCUCUGUUCAAUUACCAAGUGACGGAGUUUCUAGAGGCUGUUCUUAAUGAUAAACGAAGAAUUGAGUCAUUUCCCAGUGCUGUGGAGUGUYUGUGCGACAUCUUGUUACUUCGUCUCGUCAGUUCAUCUAAAUCUGGUCAGACAAUGGCUACUGCAUCGCACCAGCACGUWCCUGUCGGUGAUGGUCACUUCUCAGCUCGCCACGAAUGGCUCAACCAACUAGCACCAUUUGCAGGCUCUGCUCCAGUCCCCAACCCGUCUUGUCCAGUUUUUGGUAAAAUCUCUGGGCACUCCUCACCGCGCAUGCCUCGACACUUAACCAGACCUUCGUCGAGAAAGAUGAUCCCACAUGGUUCUCCGACAGGUGGACAUAAAGUUACCUUAGGGGGGUAUAGAGAGAAAGGUAGUGGAUGUGCAUGCUGCUGUUGUAUAGAGGACUUAUUGAAACUACAGUCUUUGCUUUGUUCAUCUUUUGCUUCAAGAAGUUUGUGUGAGUCAAUUCUGUCCAAACUUGGAAACAAAACUGUCAAUCAUAGAUUGUCUAUCACGGUGUUGUGUCUUCCAAGAGUUGGAAAAUUUCAAGAGGCGUCGGAUCUUAUUUUAGAGAAAUGCCCAGUUGCCAUGAUUCCGUUUAGUAGAGUAUUCUUCCAGUCCAACGUACACAAGUGGUCAUAUUUGUUGGAUGUUUUACUAAAGAAGUUCCCUUUCAAGAAUCAUGACAAUGAUGAGGAAACCAAGACAAGACAAAAACUAUUAUUKAAUGCACUUSAAGGCACUUUGUCCAAAUUGGCACAGCUAACAAGUCCAUUACAGUUAUUGUCUCUGAUGCCAGACGAAGGAGCUCUUUCAUUCUUUAUUCCUUAUUUGCAACAAAGUGUUGAACGAYGUGGUUCAGAGAACAUUUGCAAUACGCUAACAUCAAACACAACAAAAGACUCGUUUCACUCAUAUUAAGAAACAAAGCGAGACCAACACCUAAAGCACGAGGUUACCUCAUUAUUUCGCAUGCAAACUGCAAUAAACAAAACUAAAACUAAUAAACGAUUGAAAUUGAUCACUAAAACUAAUAAAACAUAGAAUACCAUCAAAAAGUACUACUUUUYUACAAUCUCAGAAGAUCAUAGAUUACGCAACAGAUGAAGCUAGUGCAAAAUAGUGAAAAAAGACAACACGAAUUGCAAUGUUGACAUUACUCUUCCACUAAAGGCUCUUCGACCUAUAAACACGACGUUUUCGACGUCUGAAGAAAGUCAAUCACUAAAAUCCUUAAAGAAUCAUAACCACCCGUCGUACCUUGCSCGCUCGUAUUAU